UACAUACUAGGACGGUUUGGCUGCGCAACCAACGAACUGGCGCAAACCGCCGCGACAGCAGUAACACAAUAGCAGGCAAGCGGUUUGCCUGCGCACUUGUCUUUGGGCAGCCCAUAAGGCGCAUCGACAGACAGGGCAGCCCGAAAAACGAUGCUCAACCCAAAGCACCGCGCCGCCAUCUACGGCUCCUACACGGACCCGCCGCAGGAGCACUAUGAGAGUGAACACAUGGCAAACAGCGCGGCCUGGCGCGACGUCGCGCCCCAGGAGCACGACCCCGUCACCAUAUUACUGACACGAUUUGCUGCAAGCGCCGCCGACCUCGGGAACGGGUCGCGCGGCGACGCCGAGAAGGGCGCCGCCGCGAAGCGACUGCUGCCCACAAUUAAAGCAUUGUGCGAGGACCCGCAGCAACCUUCUUCUGUAAGAGCCGCCGCAGCAGGUGCUGUCGGCGGCUGGUGCAUGCGGUUUCAAGAAAUAGCGUCCUUGGUGAGUAGCGACGAGCGGCUGGUCAAAGCUUUAGGCCUCGCGGCGGCGCCGGCCGACGAACGAGGCUUGCCCGAUGACGUUGAUUUGGCGACGCGGGCCGUCGCGGCGUUACGCGCGGUCUGCGACAACAGCGAGGAUGGGGUAGCAGCGGUUUCCGCGGUGGAGUGCGUCGUCGACGAGGCAGCUAGACUAAUGACGGCGUACCACCGCGCGCCGGCUCAAUGUAGAAGGGACGCGGCGUUGCUGAUUGCUCAUAUGGCGUCGAAAAAACUCAUUGACGAGGACACCGCGCUACGCGCGGCCAAGUCGGCGGCCUGCGCGGCGGCGCGCUUGUCACGAGCGCCGGGCGAGGCCGACGCCGCGGCGGCCGCGGCCGCCGCGCGGGCCCUGCGGAGCCUGACCGACGACUGCGGCGCGGCCGCCUCAGUCACGCCGUACGCUCAUAUCCUGGUUCCUGCGGCCUGCGACGGCGGCGACGCCAUGGCGUCCUGCGCGGCGCUCGACGCCAUCCGGAGCGUCUGCGUCGCGGACGAGGAAGCCCGCAAGGCCUUCCUCUCGGCGGGCGCCGUGGCCUCGUGCACGCGGCGCCUCGUGUCGUCGACGGAGGACGCGCUCGACGCGUCCGUAUGCGAGGUCCUCGCGGCGCUGUGCACGGACGAGGCCGGCCGCGACGCCGCCGAGAAGGAGGACACGGUCCGCUUACUCGUCGACGCCGUGCGGAAGCGCGUCGGCCUCGGCGCGCACCGCGACGAUUUACUAAGGGCGCCGGGCGGUCCCGUCGACGCGGCCUGGUCCGCGCCCGGCGGGCCCCUCGGCGCCGCGGCGUCGGCGCUGCAAGCGUCAUGCACCGACCACCUCACGAAUCAACAACGCGCCGCGCGCCUUGGUGGCAUCAUGGCGCUCGUCGGCGCGUGUGCCGCGCAAAAGAUUGACGGUGACACGAAGUGGCGGUGCUGCGCCGCGCUGGCCGCGAUCGUCGAUGGCACGACGGACCACAUCCGCAUGCUCCGCGAGGCGCGCGGCGCGCCAGUCCUCGCCGCGCUCGGGCCGAACACGGACGCCGAGAAGUUGUUGCAGUGGCACGACCGCGCGUUCGGGAAGGAGCCGGGACGGAAUCGAGGGGCGCGCCGCGGGCCGGACCCCGACGCGGACUUCCUGCAGCCCGAUAAGAGUGUGGCACCGGACCCGCCGACGAUCCGGGCAGCCGCGAUCGCCGCCAACGCGUUCAAGCCGCCGCCGCCGCCGUCCGCGAAGGACAUGUCCGCGGCCGAGGCGCGGAUCCUCCGCCACAACAAUCGGGGGUUCGACCGGUCGCAGCAGAAGACUGCUCUUUGGUAAUCACAC